UACCAGUGACUAGCAAUUUUGCUGCACCAGCUCUACUGGUGAACGAAUAAAGAACAAAUGUGGGUGCAAAAAAAAACCUUGCAUUAAAUUGGCAAUUAUCGUGGCGCAGAUAUUGUGUUGUUUUAAAACCAAUAUACCGCAAAUACGUACGAAUUGAAGUAAAAAGCAGAGCCACUGGCACUAGCACAGCCAACGCAUAUGCAGACGUAGAACAACGACAACAACAGCCAGCAACAUGUCUUCCAAUACAAAUGGCAAUGGUGAAUUAAAGAAAUUGUCAGAGGAAUCUCUGCUGCAGCCGCCAGAGAAAGUGUUUGACAUAAUGUACAAACUGGGCGAGGGCAGCUACGGUUCGGUAUAUAAGGCGCUGCACAAGGAGAGUAGCUCAAUAGUGGCCAUCAAAUUGGUGCCGGUUGAGUCCGAUCUGCACGAGAUAAUCAAGGAGAUCUCGAUUAUGCAACAGUGUGAUUCACCCUAUGUGGUGCGCUACUAUGGCUCCUAUUUCAAGCAAUACGAUCUGUGGAUCUGCAUGGAAUACUGUGGCGCCGGCAGCGUCUCAGAUAUUAUGCGUUUGCGCAAGAAAACUCUGACGGAGGAGGAAAUUGCGACAAUACUAUCGGAUACGCUAAAGGGUCUGGUGUAUUUGCAUCUACGUCGCAAAAUCCAUCGGGACAUCAAGGCAGCUAAUAUAUUGCUGAAUACCGAGGGCUAUGCCAAACUGGCGGACUUUGGUGUCGCUGGUCAGCUAACAGACACGAUGGCCAAAAGAAAUACAGUUAUUGGAACGCCAUUCUGGAUGGCUCCGGAGGUGAUUGAGGAGAUCGGCUACGAUUGUGUGGCGGACAUUUGGUCGCUGGGCAUCACAGCACUGGAAAUGGCUGAAGGCAAGCCUCCAUAUGGAGAAAUACAUCCGAUGCGUGCCAUAUUUAUGAUACCACAAAAACCGCCACCCUCGUUCCGGGAGCCGGAUCGCUGGAGCACAGAGUUCAUUGAUUUCGUUAGCAAGUGCCUGGUCAAGAAUCCGGAUGAGCGAGCAACGGCCACUGAACUGCUAGAGCACGAGUUCAUACGCAAUGCCAAGCAUCGCAGCAUACUGAAGACCAUGCUGGAAGAGACGUGCGCCAUAAGGGAGCAACAGCGCGCCCAUCGCGCAGCUGGUGGUGCCAUGAGCCAGGCCAAGAGUCUGGCCACACAAGAGGGUGGCCUAAUGCUGCACGAGGAGGAGAACGAGUACAAUUCGGGCACAGUCAAGACAUUUGUAGAUCCCGGCACUUUAGUGCCUGAGAAAUUCAAUGAAUACCAGGAGAACUCGGCCUCGGAUGCGACCAUGAUAGCACAUCGCGAAGAUGUGGACGAUGCCACACUGGGUCCAGGCGGCAUAAAGGCAGGCAUGGCCAAGGCUGCAGCCAAAGCGUCUGCGACAGCAGCCGGCGGUGCUGGUGGCACUGGUGGCAGUGCUGAUGUGGCCACAGUGGACAGCGGCACCAUGGUCGAACUGGAGUCCAAUUUAGGCACAAUGGUCAUUAAUUCGGAUUCGGAUGACUCGAGCACGGCCAAGCGUAAUGAUGAUCAGAAGCCGCGCUAUCGCUAUCGUCCACAGUUCCUCGAUCACUUUGAGCGCAAGAAUGCUGGUCCCGAUGAGAAGGCAACGACGGAGUAUUCGCCCGCUGCCGUGGAGCAACAGUUGCAGCAGCAGCAACAGCAGCAGCAGCAACAACAACAGCAGCAGCCACAGGAGCACUUGGCUAGUGGUGCGCAUGAUGCCAACAAUUGGGAGCACAACAUGGAAAUGCAAUUUCAGCAAAUCUCAGCAAUCAAUCAAUAUGGCCUGCAACAGCACCAGCARCAACAGCAACAACAACAGCAGCAGCAGCAAUUGCUCAUGGCGUAUCCCCUAAUGACCGAGCAACUGAUUGCGCUCAACAAUCAACAGAAUUUGCUGCGUAGCUCGCAGCAGCAGGGCGGAGCAGCAGCUGCAGCUGCAGUUGCUCCUGCUGCGCCGCCGCCCGCAUAUCAGCAUCAGCAUUUGCACACACAAUCGCACGCCUAUGUAGAAGGAGAGUUUGAGUUUCUCAAAUUUCUCACCUACGACGAUCUAAAUCAGCGACUGAGCAAUAUUGAUCACGAGAUGGAGCUGGAAAUUGAGCAGCUGAAUAAAAAAUAUAAUGCCAAGCGACAGCCCAUUGUGGAUGCAAUGAAUGCGAAGCGCAAACGCCAGCAGAAUAUCAACAAUAAUCUAAUUAAGAUAUAAAAAAAGAGAAAACAAUUGAAACACACAUAUAUAUACAUGUAUGUACUCGUAUGUAUAUAUAUGUGUAUAUGCAUUAAAGCAGAAGGAAUAGCAAACUCAUUUUGAGCAGCAGCUGAUACUUUACGUGAAACGAAAACGUAAAAGCAUUAUUGUAAAAUGCACUUAAAAGCAGAUAUAUCUAUAUAUAUUAUAUAUAUUUAUUAAUAUAUAGACAAGAUGAAAAACAAAUCACACUCGAAACAUAUUGUAAAAUGCACUUUGUAUCGUUUCAUAAUCAAAUUGUGGCAUAUUAUGUUAAUUUUAAAUGUUUCUUUUAGUACUGCCUCGAAAAAACAAAAACAAAAAGAAACCCCCUCUCAAAAUGCUGCUCAAUUCAAAACAUAAGACUAAAUUGGUGCGUUCAACCUUUGUUAACUAAACUUUAUACUAUUAUUUAAACAAAUUAACACAUUGUGUUAUUUUCUAUU